AUGUGUUUAAGGAACAACAUUCAACUUCCAAAUUUCGAAAACAAAUCAUGGCCUGCUUUGGUUGGUAAACCAGUCGAUGAGGCUGUCGAAGAAAUCAGACGAGAAAACCCAAGUUUCAACGUGCUGAAAGUUCAAGAUAACUCGCCUGUAACGUUAGAUUUUGGAUUCAAUCGUGUUCGUGUUUUCUAUAACGUGGAUGGCAAAGUUUCACAAACUCCACAUAUUGGCUGA